GAAUAAACCUUAGGCGUUACCGAGAGUGGAUGAGGUUGAAUGUUGAUCGGUUGUUUUGAAAAAAAGUCUCUAAUUUUAUCAAUAAUUAGUGAAUCAAUUUAAUGUUAUUUUUUUCUUGUUUUUAUUGUGUUUUAUCAUUUAAAUCACCAUAACUCUAAAUCGAGAUAGAUUUUUAAAUUGUUUCAUUCUAUCAAUUGUCUAUCAAUAGUAAAAGAAAACAACAUAAGCAAAAAGAAAAUCAAUCUCUUGGAGUUACAAUAUUUUCCACUCUUUUUGUUUGUUUAUAUUUUUUUCUUUGGUCUUUUUUGUUUCGGUGAUUUUGUUUUCUUUCUUGAUUUAAACAAUUUAAAUUAAGGUGAUACAAUGGAGAUCUCUGAGACCACAAGUCAAGCCACUGAAGAUAUUUUAAAGAUGAGAAUUGUUACACAAUUUAUUCUUCAUGCUCCUCCGGGGGAAUUCAAUGAAGUGCUAACAGAUGUUCGUUAUUUGCUUAACAAUGAUCCUUUGCUUCAACAACAAGCUUCAGGUAUUUUUGCUCAAUACAGUAAAGAUCAAUUGACACCAGUUCAUCUUGAAAAUUCUGAACAAGGAGUUUUGAUUACUGAAUUCAAUGAGCUUCCUGGAGGUAGAUUUUAUGAUCCUAAAAUUCAAAAAUCAUUCAAAUAUGAUCCAAUCAGAGAAGAAGCUUCUGAAUAUCAACAAUGGACUCCUGAUUCUAUCUCUGAACCAUGGAGAUCAAGUUUGGAUGAAUUAUGGACUAAUUACUGUAAAGAGCAUUAUUUUAAUGGUGGUUGCUCUGUAUUUAGUUCAUCACAAAAUGAUGACAUAACCCUGACCGCUUGCAUUGAAGGACAUCAAUUCCAACCUCGUAAUUUUUGUAAUGGUCGUUGGCGAUCAAUUUGGACUACUACUUUUAACCCUUCCUCAGGUCAAGCUGAAUUGAAGGGAGUCAUCAAAGUGCAAGUUCAUUACUACGAAGAUGGAAACGUCCAAUUAGUUAGCUCAAAGGAGAUAAAAAAAUCUUUGGCAAUUAGUAACGAGAGUCAAACGGCCCAUGAAUUUGUACAGAUAGUCGAAGAUGCUGAAAAUGAAUAUCAAACCGCCGUUUCUGACAAUUACCAAACGAUGUCCGAUACAACAUUUAAAGCCUUGAGAAGACCUUUACCAGUGACCAAAGCUAAAUUAGAUUGGUGUAGAUUAUUGAAUUACAAACUUGGAUCUGAACUGAAACAUUAGAAAAGUUCAUGUUAUCGAAGAAAAAAACAACAACAACAACAACAACAAAUGAAAGCAAAGAUCACAAAAAGAACACCAAUUGAACUGUUGAAAGUAAAUUUCCAUCACCACCUCGAUCGCGAUACUAAACAAAAAACACUCUUACAAACUUGACGAGCAAAUGAUGGAUUCGACUUCUAUUUUACUUCUGUCUCAAUCUCUUCCUUUUUCUAUGGGUCACCGUUUAUAUGAAAGAAGAAAAAAUCAACAAUUAUAUCGUCCUUACUACUGAACUUUCUCAGUACUCAGAAAAACCUCUUGUUCUCUCCUCUUCCCCACCGUUAAUCAGUCUAGAGCUUUUUCACCUCACUCUCUUUCUAAUAUCUAAUUAAUCUGUCUCUCAUGUGAGCUGAAUCAAUUGUCGGGUGAUCACUUGGAUAUUUAAUCAAUUUGAAACAAACAAUUCACAAGUUAAUUUAAACAAAAAGAAGGGUAAUCUGUUAAUCUGUUAUUAAUUUAAAGAAAAAACUGAUUUUCUUAUAAAUUGGACCACGUUUGUUAAUUGUCACUGAUAAACAAAAGCCUAGAAAAAAAAAUUACAUAAAAUAUCAAUUCGAUUUAUAA